AUUUUAAACAAAGGCUGGAGACUGAUUCAUUAAUCGUGCGUGUGCGUGAAUCAACUGGGAUUAUAGCAGAGUAUAAGCUUGCAAGAUCAUCAUGAAGGCUGGAGACUGGUUCAUGAUUCAUUUACCCGUAAAAAAUAAAGAACAGAGACAAGUCCUUUUUGCUAUAUUAAUUUCGUUUUCUUCUUCUCGUACCAGCAGCUAGCGUGGACUUUCUCUAUCUUUUAUUAAUUUCCAGAUCCACCAACAGCCAAAGAAACAAUACAAACCGAAACUAACAAACUGGACACAAACAAACACACGGAAAACAAAACUAUAAUCGAAUGGCUGAUGAAAAGGAGAAUCAGCAGCCAUCUUCCCGCCCGAUCACCAUAACACUCCCUCCACGUUCCUUCACCGAAACUUUCUUGUCCAGUGGGCCUCCUGGUUCCAUGGGCUUCAGUCCAGGUCCUGUGACUCUUCUCUCUGGGUUCUUCUCCGACUCCGACGACUGCAAGUCCUUCUCUCAGCUUCUUUCCGGCGCCACGGCCUACCCUAACUUCAAACCAACAGAUGACAAGAGUUCCGCCGGGGACUUUAGCAGGCCGGGAAACUUGUCGAUCGUCCCUCCCUCGCCGAUGUUCACGAUGCCGCUGGGGCUCUGUCCGGUGGCUCUUCCUGAUUCACCGGGGUUCGGGCUCUUCUCUCCUGAGGGCUGUGGAAUGAUACACCAGCAGGCACUAGCACAGGUCACGGCACAGGCUGCACAAGCCAAUUCAAAUAUGCAUGUUCAACAGGAGUAUUCGACACCGGCAAUGUCUUCGACACAGUUUUUGACCUCUAUCAAUAAUUCAGCAGCGCAGCAGCAGCAGCAGCAGCAAAUGUCAGGCUCAGUAACGGACUCUAGAGUGACAGUGCAGGAACUGUCGGGCAUUCCUCACGCUGAUCGGAGAUCCGAAUCUCCUUCUUUGGCUGUUGACAAGCCCACUGAUGAUGGAUACAACUGGAGGAAAUAUGGGCAGAAACAGGUGAAAGGAAGCGAAUUUCCUAGAAGUUAUUAUAAAUGUACACAUCCUAACUGUCCUGUCAAGAAAAAAGUUGAGCGAUCACUUGAUGGUCAAGUAACUGAAAUUAUCUACAAGGGGCAACACAAUCAUGAACCACCACAACCCAAUAAGCGUGGAAAGGAAGGGAUAAACGGCAAUUCAAACAGUCAGGGGAAUUUUGAAAUGACUACCCUUCAAAGUGGAUAUGUCAGAAAAACGAGAGAUAGGAAGGAUCAGGAAUCCAGUCAAGCUACACCUGAACAUGUAUCUGGGAUGAGUGAUUCUGAGGAAGUUAGUGACACUGAAACUGGUGGUCGGAUUGAUGAAGAUGAGCCUGGUCAUAAGAGAAGAAUAACUACAGAGGUUAGAGUGACAGAACCAGCUUCUUCACACAGGACUGUGACAGAGUCUAGAAUCGUUGUGCAGACAACCAGUGAAGUUGAUCUCUUAGAUGACGGCUAUAGAUGGCGCAAGUAUGGGCAGAAAGUUGUCAAAGGCAAUCCUUAUCCAAGGAGUUACUAUAAAUGCACAACCCCAGGAUGCAAAGUCCGUAAACAUGUCGAGAGGGCUGCAGCAGACCCUCGAGCCGUUAUAACAACCUAUGAGGGCAAACAUAAUCACGAUGUACCAGCAGCUAAAAAUAGCAGCCACAUCACAGUCAAUAGCAAUGCAUCUCAGCUGAAACCACAAACUCUGGAGGAGAGUGCAUCAAACAACAGCAACAAUCAACAGCCUAUAGCACGUCUGCGGUUAAAAUAAGAGCAGAUAACAUAGUUCAUCUGAGUCCGUAUCAUAGCAGGAAGAUAACAACAAACGUUUGCUACGGACCGGGGAAUGGUUGUAAGUUAUCUUUUUCUCGGAUUUUCAUGCUUUGGCCAUUAUUUUGAUGAAGGUCCCCAUGUCACCCAACUGCGAAUAUACAGAAGAUAAAUCAAUAACAAAAGAUAUACAUAAGGAGAAGUUAAUAUGAAGCGAGCUUUCUUAUUAUAUGUAAAAAACAGUUCAACGGACACAGUUCCUUGAAAUUAUGCUCUGUGCAUUCUUCUGUACAUGGAAAUAUGAAAGAAAUGUUUCAUGUGAUUGUUGACCA